AUGACUCCUCAGAGAAGCAAGCGCAGUGAAACGCCACAACCCUCUCCACAACACGAACCCAACAUGCAGUCUUCUUCUUCUUCUUCGGCCUCUUCGUCUUUAGCUUAUCCACCGGGCUAUAGGUUUGUACCAACCGACGCAGAAAUCAUCUAUUAUUACUUGAAACCCUUCUCACCAGACAACAAAAAAUCAUGGCCAAAUCUUCCCAUUCAUCACGCAAACAUCUACGAGUCGAAUCCACAACAACUUACAGCGGAAUACAAGAAGGGUAAUCUUACGGAAUGGUUCUUUAUAUCUGAGAGGACAAAGAUUAAAACAAACGGCCAGAAACAAAAACGUGUUGAUCACAAUGGAGGAUACUGGCAUUCAAAAGCAGUUACCAAGAAGAUUAAAGUUAAAAAAGAUGUAGUUGGCUACAAAACCACACUAAAUUAUUUCGUUGGCAAACAACCAAACGGAGAAAGAACAAACUGGUUAAUGCAAGAAUACUGGCUUGAGUCUUCUGGCCAUAACAAUACGGUAUGUAUUGUGUCUUGUUUUCCAAGUUAUUCAGAUUGUGAUAGUUUUGUAUUAUGUUAA